GCGACGGCCGUUUUACUCUUCAGUCAAGAAGAAAGAUGCAGCCGUCCUGGGCUGAGGUGUUCGCCCUCUUCGCAGUCCUGGCGUCUCUCGCCUUCCAUUCCCACGGGUCCAAUCAUCACAGAGAGCUGAGGGAAUACUGGUGCAAGAUGAACUGCAAGAAGUCAAACGCUAGCGAAGCAUGUGUAUACAGUUGUAUGGAGCAAAGCAGCCAAUUUACUUGUAAUAAAACAUUAAAUUCUAAGCAUGAUGUGUGCUCGAAGACGAGCUGUACUGACUGGUCCUGUGAGGAGGGCACAAUCUGCUGCGAGGACAAAUGUGGUAUGAGCUGCCUGAAGCCAGACCCAGACCUUUCCCCAGAAAUACCAGAGAUCCCUACGAAUGUGACUGUAAUCGAGAGCGAUAAGGGUCUUAGUGUGGCUAUACACUGGGUAAGUUUCAGCAACAACGACACGUAUUUCUAUGUUCAGAAACGGCACUACACCGGUUGCAAGUACAUCAGCUACUUCAUGCGGGAAUGGGAGCCUCUCAAGAACAAAGGCAUGAAGAAUGGGAUUGUCGGAAGGAUGACCACAUUCCCCAUCAAACUGGGCACCUGGUACCAAUUCCGUGUAGCUGCUGUUAACAGGCAUGGCGCCUUUGGUUUUUCAAAACCGUCUAAACCGUUUAGAUCCUCCCUUGAUCCACAUGAGCCAGAAGAGCCGAGUGACCUGACUUUCCAGGCGAUAAAGAUGGCUGCAAAGACGGGCAAAAUUUGGGGCAUACUUACUUGGAAAGCACCGAAUUCGAUGAUGCCCAUUCAAAAGUAUACAAUUUUUGUGAGCGAGAGGAUCGCCGGGAACCACACUCGCCCGGAAAAGGGCUCCACCUUCACGAAAGAGAUGAAAGUCAGGAGCGAGAGAACCAAUGUUAAGAUAAAAAAUCUCGAUCCCAAAUUGUCAUAUUUACUUCAAGUCAUGGCACAUGCCAAAUGUGGGAAAAAGGAGUUAAACAGCGGAAAAGGGAAGUUGUUUGUGAAGAAUAUUGGAGAAUUAUUGAAAAAUGUUAGCUCGACAAAUUUGCUUUCGUAUAAAAACACUCUGGUUCUAAGAGUUGGAAAGGUUAAACAGAAUAAAAAUGCAAAGGCGAAUGUCAAAAUAUCUUGGAAAGCUCGAGAUAACUCAAAAUAUGCAGUGUCGUGGAAGAAAGAUCGAUAUGACAGUCGUACAAUUCAGAUAGUCCAGAGCACAAAUUAUAUUGAACUAAAAGACUUGGAUCUAAAGCAGAAGUACGAUGUUACGGUGACUGAAAGUACUGAAGGAAGGAAGGCAAAAAGGGUCGGAAAGGUGUCACUGUUCACGAACCCAGCUUGCAACAAACUUAGAGGCCAUCUGUGUUAAAAGAUUUUCUAAAUAGUGAUCAAACAUGUUUAUUUGGAUCAUCUACAGACAAUUUUUUUUUACUUUAUUUUUUCAAGUUUUAUAUGAGUGAUAUUUAAGAAGAAAAAAUAGCAUAGUGAAUUUUUGUAUCUAUAUUAUUCAAUGUAGUCUUAUGGUUUGUGUUAGUAAAUUGUAAGAUGGUAAAAUUGG